AUGGAUGAAAAUAUAGAUCACGUUGAGAAGGAGAAGGCCGAGAUUAGGCACAUUGAUCGUGUGUAUUUAGUACAGACAGAAGCGGAAGAAGAACACAAUGCCUCGACAUGGAAGACUCUCAAGUCAAACCCAAAAAUUAUUGCCUUGUGCCUUUUUGCGAACAUCGGCCCUUUGAUGUAUGGGUUCGAUAACCUGGCUACGUCGCUAUCUUGGUGGCAGUCUCUUUGGAAUGCACUUUCCCAGGUGGGCACCAUGCUUGGAGCCUGGUCUGUCGGCUUUAUAGCAGACCGAUUUGGACGCAAGGUCUGUUUCGCUAUUUUUGCCUGUGUAUCUGCAGCAGGAAUAGCGGUCUUGUAUAUUUCCUCAACUCCGGGCGUCUUUCUUGGGGGGAAGAUCGUCAACGCAGUGUCAUUAGGCAUGGCUAUUGCAGUUGGCCAAAUUUACAUCUCGGAAAUCACUCCAUUGGCUAUGCGAAGUGUUGCGCUAUCUGGAUUUACCUUCAGCAUGGCAUUCCCGAAUAUUUCAUUCCAUGCAUACAAGUACCCUUUGAUUGCUGAAGGCGACUAUGUUGUUGGACGCUGGAUCGGCGGCGGCAAACACACCGGCGUGGGAUUUGAUGACCUGGCGGUGGGCAAGCUAGACAAGCCGAAUACUGGCAGAGAGGUAUAUUUUUCGGGCACUACAAUUUUUACGUUGAAGGCUGGCAAGAUUGUUGAUGAGGUUGGUGAGGAACAAGCCUUGACGGCUCUACAGCAGCUGGAAUUGGUGCAUCCUCCCAACCCAGGAAAGGAAGUCAAGUAUGAUGUGCAAGGCAAUCACAUUUGA